CGGAGAUAUUAUUUCACCGUUGCCUCAAAAUUGACGACGCAGGUGGAUCCUCAUUUGUCUUUGUAAGACCUGGCUUUUAUUAGAUUAUCGUUUUCUGGAAAAAAAAAAAGAAAAAACAAAAAAACCUAAAUUGACGAUGCAGAGCGACUGAGUCGGUUAAUGUGGGACCCACAGCACCCAAUCACCCCCAUGCACCUCGCCAUAGCUCCCUUCUCCACAUGUAGAUAAAAAGGGGUGAAAAAAGGCUGUUUUCUGGGUCUUGACGGAAAUAUAAUGGUUUAUACGCUGCCUGGUGCGCGUCUGCCGGCUGUGCCGUCGGUGUUCAAGCUGGGGAGUGAGAGGUGGAGCUCGAAUGCUGAUAGGAGGAGUGACAAUCUCUGUUUUUUCCUGAAAAAUAAGCCCAAUUCGCGAAAGAUUUUUUGUGGAAAGCCUUACGAACCUGAUUAUCAAUCUCCUAUGGCAACUGCAUCUGAGAAAGUCCUUGUUCCAGGCAUUGAAAGUGAGGGCACCUCAUCUCCAUCAGAGAAACUGGUUGUACCUGAUGAAGUGUCAGAUAAUUCCAAGGCAUGUGAUAUAGACAGCAUGGAAACUGAUCUAAGGAUGGAAAUUGAGGAUCAAGAAAAUUUGGUUGACCAGCGAACUCCUGUUGAUGCCAUUAGAAGCGAAAACUCUACCUUUGUGCAGCUACAAGAUGGACUUAGCAAAUCAAAAGAUGAAGGAACGUCAUACUCGACAUAUGAAACAAUAAGUGAUGAAUCUUCAAGGGUCAGAAAAAGGGUCAUCCCUCCACCUGGAAUUGGUCAAAGGAUAUACGAAAUAGAUCCACUUCUGAUCAAUUACAGUGAACAUCUCGAUUAUCGGUAUAGCCAGUAUAAAAAGCUACGUGAAGCAAUUGACAAGUAUGAAGGUGGACUAGAAAAAUUUUCUAGGGGUUAUGAGAAACUUGGUUUUAAUCGCAGUGAGACAGGUAUCACUUACAGGGAGUGGGCACCUGGAGCUAAGUGGGCAACGCUAAUUGGAGAUUUCAACAAUUGGAAUCCUAAUGCUGAUGUUAUGACUCGUGAUGAAUUUGGUGUCUGGGAGAUCUUUUUACCAAACAAUGCUGAUGGGUCUCCUGCUAUCCCCCAUGGUUCCCGCGUAAAGAUUCGUAUGGAUACUCCAUCUGGCAUAAAAGACUCUAUUCCAGCUUGGGUCAAGUUUUCAGUUCAGGCGCCUAGCGAAAUUCCUUAUGAUGGAAUAUACUAUGAUCCUCCAGAAGAGGAAAAGUACAUUUUCAAACAUCCUCGUCCAAAGAAGCCAAAAUCACUACGGAUAUAUGAGUCUCAUGUUGGAAUGAGUAGUACGGAGCCGGUUAUCAAUACUUAUGCCAACUUCCGAGAUGAAGUUCUGCCUCGUAUCAAGAGACUUGGGUAUAAUGCUGUUCAGAUAAUGGCAAUUCAGGAGCAUUCAUAUUACGCCAGUUUUGGUUACCAUGUGACAAAUUUCUUUGCACCAAGCAGUCGCUUUGGAACUCCAGAUGAUCUUAAGUCUUUAAUAGAUAAAGCUCAUGAGCUGGGCUUGAUUGUUCUCAUGGAUAUUGUACACAGUCACGCAUCAAAUAAUACUUUGGAUGGGCUGAACAUGUUUGAUGGUACCGACAGCGGUUAUUUUCACUCUGGACCACGGGGUUAUCAUUGGAUAUGGGACUCUCGUCUUUUUAACUACGGACAAUGGGAAGUUCUAAGAUUUCUUCUAUCUAAUGCGAGAUGGUGGUUGGAUGAGUAUAAGUUUGACGGUUUCAGAUUUGAUGGGGUGACAUCAAUGAUGUAUACACACCAUGGUUUACAGGUGGGAUUUACUGGGAACUACAACGAGUAUUUUGGGUUGGCGACGGAUGUGGAUGCUGUGGUGUACUUGAUGCUGGUUAAUGAUCUCAUUCACGGGCUGUUUCCUGAAGCGAUAACAAUUGGCGAAGAUGUUAGUGGCAUGCCAACUUUCUGUAUCCCUCUUCCUGAUGGUGGUGUUGGAUUUGACUAUCGUCUGCACAUGGCAAUUGCUGAUAAAUGGAUUGAAAUUCUCAAACAAAGGGAUGAAGAUUGGAGAAUGGGAGAUAUUAUACACACUCUUACAAACAGAAGGUGGCUGGAAAAAUGUGUUUCCUAUGCAGAAAGUCAUGACCAAGCACUGGUCGGCGAUAAAACUAUUGCAUUCUGGUUGAUGGAUAAGGAUAUGUAUGACUUCAUGGCAGUGGAUAGACCAUCAACUCCCUUAAUAGACCGCGGAAUAGCAUUACACAAGAUGAUCAGGCUCAUCACAAUGGGAUUAGGUGGAGAAGGAUACCUAAAUUUUAUGGGAAAUGAAUUUGGACAUCCUGAAUGGAUAGAUUUUCCUAGAGGAGAUCAACAUCUUCCUGAUGGCAGAAUCAUUCAGGGAAAUAAUAACAGUUAUGACAAGUGCAGGCGCAGAUUUGAUCUGGGCGAUGCAGAUUAUUUACGUUAUCGAGGUGGUGUAUUUGUCAUUGAGUUCUACAAAAAACUUGAUGAUUCCCCUUCAUCUUUCAAUCCUUUGCCUCCCGAAUGCCAGAGCAAGCGAAAAAUUUCUUGCUCCAACAAUUAUUCUGCUUUCAUGACGUCAGAGCAUCGGUAUAUAUCAAGAAAGGAUGAAGGUGAUAGAAUAGUCGUAUUCGAGAGGGGGGACUUAGUCUUUGUCUUCAAUUUUCAUUGGAGCAAAAGUUAUUCAGAUUAUCGGGUAGGCUGCUUAAAGCCAGGAAAGUACAAGGUUGUUUUGGACUCGGAUCAUCCAACAUUUGGAGGCUUCAGUAGAAUCAAUCAUGAAGCCGAAUAUUUUACCUCUGAAAGGGGGCAUGAUGACAGGCCUCGUUCAUUCCUAAUCUACGCACCUUCUAGAACAGCGGUGGUCUAUGCCUUGACUAAAGAUGAACUUGAACCAGUUGAGGCUGAUGAUGUGAACAGUAUUUAAAACAAUUUAUUUCUACAUGGCUCGGGCUUAAGGCGAAUCUCACCAUGCUGAACAAUAAAGAUAUGUAAAUAAAAUCCAUAAUGUACUAUUGACUGAUGGCCGAUGUAUAAUACAUGUCUCUCCUAUGAAGAUUCUCUUAGU